UGGCAUUGCCUGUUGCGGGGAGAGGUCCCAUCCCCAUCCCCAUCCUUUUCAAAUCUGAUCUCCUUGGUGAGUUCAAAAGGAGGCUUCCCACAAUAAAUGCCGUCUGCUCUGUCACACACCAGCUAGCUCACUCACGAGCAGUAGGCACUGCUAGCAGCAAUGACUCAACCCUGCUCUCUCUCUCUCUCUCUCUCUCUUCACUCCGCUUUUUUCUUCUCAACGUGCCUUCUGUCUUUGUUGGGGAGCCAACUGGUUCCAUACUUUGUCUAAUUACACAUCUCUUGGCCCGAGUGAGCCUCACUGUAGGCGUUGCAUGUCUCUCACAAGUUCCCACAUCGAGCAACAAUCCAAGCUUGUUCAAACCUUGAAAACGAGUUGCACCAUCACCAAUUCCAAGAAAAGAGUUUGCUACUCUCUCUCUCUCCCUCCCUCCCUUCCCCUGUGUCUGUUUCCCUAACCCGGCUCCCUUCUCUCUCUCUCUCUUCCCUUCUCUCCGUGUCUCAGCUGCAGAACAAUGUCCAUGUUUGCCUUCUUCCUCCUCCUCAGCGACGCUUCACUUCACUUCCUUUACUACAUGACGACCAUCACCACUACCACGAGUACUGCUACUACCACUAGUAUUGCAAUCCACAACAGGAGAACUCUCCAUCAACCCUUCUUUCCCCUGACCUCCUCUUCCCUCCCUCCAGCCCAACCCCCUUCCCCUUCCUUGCCAAAGUACCCUUCCUCCUCCGCCACCUCACACAGCUUUCGUCCCUUCUUCCCGUUAUACCCCUCUCCGCCGCCGCCUCCUCCCCCUUCUCCCGUUGCCACCCUCCCCACCUUCCCCGCCAACAUCUCUUCCCUUGUAUCCUCCCCCUCCCGCCACUCUCCCCCCAGGCUCGUCCCCGCCGUCGUUUCCCCCCUCCUUGCUCUCGCCCUUCUCGCCCUUUCAUUAGCUCUCUUCGUCCAUAUCCGCAGACGCCGCCGUCGCGGGGGCGCCGAUAAGGACGCCAGGUCCGACAGCCUCCGCUUCUUCCCGCCCGACACUACCGCCUCUGAUGGGCGGAAGCUGUCCGCCACUUCUUCGGCGGCCCCCGCCCCCGCUGGGACCGCUGGCUCGGAGUUCCUGUACCUGGGCACUCUCGUCAACUCCCGCGGCCGCGCGAACGAGAGCUCCGCCGCGCAGCCUGCCGCCGGAGGUGGCUCGCCGUACCGGAAGCUCGGGUCACCGGAGCUCCGCCCGCUCCCGCCGCUACCUCGCCAGUUCCAGACCACCGAAGGUGGCCGCUCGUCGUCGGAGGAGUUCUACUCACCGAAGAACUCCCCUGGCGGGAAGGGCAGCAGCGCCGCUGGCCCUGCGUCGAGCUCAAAGAAGCCAGCUUUAGGUUCGAAGAUGGAAAGGUGCGGGUCUCGGAGCUCGACACUGAGCACGCCCUCAUGCAUCUCUUCUAAUGUGGCUUCUUCGCCCACCCAGUCGUCGCCCACCACUUCAUCACCGCCGCCACUUAGGCCUCCACCUCUGCUGCGGCCGCCCACACCAUCGCCUCCGAAGAGAAGACCAAUGUCGCAUUCCUCACCAUCUUCACCACCGGAAGCCGACUGUGACAGAAAGUCGGCAACUUUGCAAUAUUCUGGUCAGAACCUGCAGUCACCGAGAAAAAUAGGCGACUUCGCUAGAAACUCAGUUGCGGUUGGACACAAUCCAGUGCCGCCACCACCACCACUGCCACCACCGGCACCAGAUGAACGUCGGGAGGGUCAGAAUGUGAAGAUGCCGGCUUUCCAGCCGCCAGUUCUUGUACAUCCUCGAAUCCCAGUAGCGUGGAGUUCAUCGGUGGCGCCAGAGAAUUCCAAUGCGGCCGAGAAGCACGAGGAGAAUCCUCGCCCGAAAUUGAAGCCAUUGCACUGGGAUAAAGUUCGAGCAAGCUCUGACCAGGCGAUGGUGUGGGAUCAGCUGAAGUCAGGCUCAUUCCAAUUGAACGAAGAGAUGAUUGAGACAUUGUUCCUUAGUAACACUGGCAUGACGACAAAGGAGAUGUCUGGGGGUCAGAUAAAUCCUCCAAUGAACCAAGAGAGCAGGAUCCUCGAACCCAAGAAGUCCCAGAACAUUGCAAUUCUGCUGAAGGCCCUAAAUGUGAAUAAAGAGGAUGUCUGUGAAGCUCUCUUGGAAGGGAAAGUUGACAGCUUGGGAAAUGAAAUUUUGGAGGCACUUACAAAAAUGGUACCAAGCAGAGAGGAAGAGCUUAAAUUGAAGGAAUAUAAAAAUGAUUCACCAUUCAAGCUUGGUCCAGCUGAAUCCUUCUUGAAGGCUGUGCUUGAUAUACCUUUUGCAUUUAAGAGAGUUGAUGCCAUGCUUUAUAUUGCUAAUUUCUAUCCAGAGGUCAAUCAUCUAAGAAAUCUCUUUAGGACUCUUGAGAUUGCCUGUGAAGAGCUGAGGAGCAGCAGGAUGUUCAGCAAGCUUCUAGAGGCAGUUUUGAAGACUGGGAAUCGGAUGAAUGUUGGUACCAACCGUGGUGAGGCACAUGCCUUCAAGCUUGAUGCCCUCCUUAAGCUAGUCGACGUCAAAGGAACAGAUGGCAAGACCACUCUUUUACAUUUUGUUGUCCGGGAAAUCAGUCGAGCUGAAGGAUCUCGCCUCUCCUCUGCCAAUUUUUCAAGCAUUAACCACCAGUCAAAUACGGUAACAGAUCUUGAGUACUGUAAACUUGGCAUCCAAGUUGUGUCCAGUCUGAGUGUUGAGCUUAGCAAUGUCAAGAAGGCAGCUGCAAUGGACUCGGAUAUGCUUAGCUUCUAUGUUGCCAAACUUGGUGGAGGACUAGGGAAGAUCCAGGAGGUGCUGCAAUUAAACAAUUCAUUUUCAAAUGAGAAUGGUCACCAUUUCCAUGAUGCUAUGAUUGAGUUCAUGAGAAAGGCUGAGGAUGAAAUUCUAGAUAUCCAAGCCCGAGAGAGCUCCACGCUAUCUAUGGUGAAGGAGAUAACUGAAUACUUCCAGGGGGAUUCAACCAAGGAGGAGUCUCAUCCAUUUAGAGUCUUCAUGGUGAUCAGAGAUUUUCUUGCAACUCUUGACCAGGUUUGCAGAGAAGUCGAAAAGAUUAACGAGCAUAACAUCACAAUCAUGGAACGCCAUUUCCCAGUCACCGCGAACCAAACAUCAGAACCAGUCUUCCCGAGUUUCCAAGCAUCAAGGUCCGGGAGUUCAGAUGAUGAUAGUUCAUUGUCAUCUUAGUGAAAUGAAGGAUUAAAAUUUAAUGGUUUUUGUAGCCGCCUUGCCCAGGUUAGGUUUUGGUUAUAAUUAGAAGGCAGCCAGUUGUGUAUCGAAAGACUGCUUAUUUGUUCCUUUGUGUUUGUAGAAAUUACUUAAGAUAUUUUAUAGUUGCUAAUGUGUAAA